AUGAGCUACUACGGCAGCUACUAUGGAGGCCUGGGCUCGGGCUCGGGCUCUGGCAGCUUCGGAGGCCUGGGCUUUGGCUACAGCGGUGGCUUUGGCCAUUUCAGCAGACUGGGCUGUGGCAGUGGCUUUGGAGGGUUCGGCUAUGGCUCUGUUCAUAGAGGCUACAGUUAUGGAUCUGGUCAUGGAGGCUAUGGCUCUGACUCUGGUCACGGAGGCUUCGGGUAUGGCUCUGGUCAUAGAGGCUAUGGCAUUGGCUCUGGUCAUGAAGGCUACGGCUCUGGCUCUGGUCAUGUAGGAUACAGCUAUGGAUCUGGUCAUGGAGGCUUCGGCAAUGGCUCUGGUCAUGGAGGCUAUGGUGCAGGCUUUGGAGCCUACAGAUAUGGCUGCUGUCGUCCAUCUUGCUAUGGAAGAUUUGGAUUCUCUCACUUCUACUAA